AUGAUCAAGGUCGGGGAAGUUUUCGAAGCGACAGAAGCGCAGUUACCGCCAGACUCCACCGGGCUUGGAUAUCUUCGGGUUGGAGACAGGGGCUGGGUCUUUGACAUGGGCAUCGCUGGACCAUGGAUUGGUGUGCCUGUGGUUGCGGCAGUCACUGGACCAAGUGCGAUGAGGUACGCGCAGAUCUUGCGCAACCCUGCGCAGUACGCCGAGUAUCAGGCAGCUCUUGGCGACGAGAAUUUCCUGAACGAGGAUCAACCGGAAGGACCAUCACACGAAAGGAACGAUGCCUUGUGGCGGGACUUGCAGCAGGAUAUCGAAGACACGCUGCUGACUGAAGACGAGCAGCAGUCGUUCGAGAGUCUUUGUCAGGAUGAAGAGGAACGGAAUCUGGUCCUUUCCUCAUUGCGAGCAGCGGCAGGAGAAGCUUUUCGCAAGCUUGUGGUGCCAAGAUGGAUGAAGCUGGCUCAGCUUCUACCGCCAGAGAUGAAGCGCGAAAUGGAAGCAUCAAGGCAAAUGUACAGUGCGCUGCCAGGCUGCUCGAACUACAAACUCCGUCCAAAUGACACAGGGCGAAGGAUUGGCCUGAGGGUGCCUUCUGCAUGUACGGCAGUAUGA